AUGGAUAGCUUAUAUGGUGAUUUGCCUCCUCCAAUAUCUAAUAAAAAUUUAGGAAAAAAUGAACACAUAAAUUCCUUAAGAAAACAAAAAAAUUACAUUGAAAUAAAUAAAAGUUUAAUAACUCCUGUGAUUGUUCAAAAAAAAAUUGCAAAUAUUAAAAAUUUAAAUAAAAGCUUGGAUAAUAAAAAUUCUGAAAAUGAAAAAGACGUAAAUAAUUUAAAUAAUGAACUUAAAAAUUCAAACGAAAUUUUGAAAAAUGAAGUGAAAAAUGAGCAUUUAAAUAAUAAAAAUUUAAAAAAUGAUACAAAAAUAGAAAUAAUAAAUAUAAACAAAUCAAUUCAAGAUGAUUUAAAAAAAAUUAGUGAUAGAUUAAAUAAAAUACAACAAUGUAAUAAAAAUGAAAACAUAUUAAGCAAUAAAACUAAUAAUGAAGAAAAAUCUAUGAGAAAUAUAGAAAUAAAUUUUAAAAGUAAAACUAAUGGAAACAUAAUAAAUAGUUUAAGUGAAAAUAAUAUUGAAAAUGAUUAUUUUAAAAAUGAAUUAUAUGAUAAAUAUUUUAUCUUAAAUGCAAAUGAAGAUUAUGAUCCUAAUAAGCCUAAUGACUUAAACAAAAUAAUAAAAGAAAGAAAAAGGAAAAAGCUUAUUAUGCUAGCUGAGAAAAAGAAAAAACAAGAAAUAGAACAAAUGGAAGAAACAAAAGAAAAGAACAAAAACACGUUAAAAGAUUAUGAAAGUAAUAAACUAUAUGGUUAUAGUGGGAAUAAUACAAAUGAGUGUAUAUACGAAAUAAAAGAAAAACAAAAAUAUAAACAAAAAUAUAUAAAAAAUGGAUUAAAAGAUGAAGAGAAUAGUAAGGGAGGAGAAUACAAAGAAAGAGAAAAAAUAAGCAAAAAAGGAGAAGAUUAUAGUGAAAAUGAGGGUGAAUUAAAAGAAAGGAACGAAGAAAAAAUAAAAAAAAGUACUAGACAAAAUAUAUAUGAUAGUGAUAUAUCAAAUAUAAUAGAUGAAAAUUACAAUUUUAUGAAUAAAAACAAAGAAAAAACACAUAAUUCAAAUGAUAUUAAAAAAGAAGAGACAGUCGUAAAAAAAGAUUUUGCUACAAGGAUGAUGGAAAAGAUGGGAUGGAAAAAAGGUGAAGGGUUAGGAAAAGAUAAACAGGGUAUUAAAGCUCCAUUAAUAUUACAGAAGGUUGAUAAAAGAAGUGGUGUCAUAGUGCAAGCACCUUUAAUUUUAAAAAAUAAUGAUUUAAAAAAUGGAUGUAAUUCUUGUGAAGAUAAAUAUUCUUCAACACAUUCAUUAAAUAACAAUUGCACAAGAAUUAUUGCCUUAACUAAUUUGGUGACUGUUGAUGAAAUAGACGAUACGUUAAAAGAUGAAAUUGAGGAGGAAGCAUCUAAGUUUGGUAAUUUGUUAAAUAUAAAUAUUUUUGUUGAUAAAAAUUCUCAUGAUGCACUUGCUGUAAAAAUAUUCUGUGAAUAUGAAUCAAAAGAGCAAGCAAAAAAUGCAAUGAAUACUUUUAAUGGUAGAAUAUUCGCUGGUAGAAAAGUAGAAGCUUCUUUUGCAAAUGAACAGGAAUAUUACUCAAAUAAGAAAAAUUAG